AUGGCUGCCGGGCUGGCCUUAGCCCGCCCAAACCUCUUGAAUCCCAACAAUCCCAUUAGGAGUCUAUCACUAGCUUUCUGGUUAUGGAAGGCUUUUGUCUUUCUGAUUAUCAUUGGUUGCCCGGGGCCCGGUUAUGAUACUUCCACAGGGCUGCUACCUUACCAGGAAUCCGCUGCUUCUGGUGCCAAGUUGGAAGCCAUUAGGCAUGCACCCUUCUCAUUUCCUUUGAAGCUUGUCAGGUGGGAUUCAAUAUACUUUGUGCAUAUUGUGCGCGAUGACUAUGUCUUUGAACAAGAAUGGGCAUUUGGCUACGGGUACACUAGAAUCCUCUCCUUUCUAACAUCUGUUGCCCUCUCUCAUAUUGCCCAUUACUUUUCGGUAUUGGCUCUAUACAGACUCUCCAUCAACAUUUUUGGUCAUGACAACACCUCAGGGGCGUUAAUUAGUUUCCUUUCUGCUACCUUACACAUUAUCUGCCCUGCAGGGGCAUUUCUCUCUGCACCCUACGGAGAAUCCCUAUUCUCCUUUCUCAACAUUACUGGGUAUUUUUUAUAUUCGUCUUCCCUACUUGAUGCCAACGCUGGUAAGCGGGCGUCCAGUGAUGCGAAACUGUUGCUUGCGGCUGCAUUAUUUUCAAUAGCUACAGCCGUCCGCAGCAAUGGGAUCCUUAGCGGAGCCCUGUUCGCAUUUGACGCGCUGCUACAGUUGCGCAAGAUUUUUACCCAAGGUAUAUCGGGGGAUAUUUUGCUUCGCCUCGGUGUCAUUGUGGUUGGUGGUUGUGUAAUAGCUUUGGGGCUCAUUGUGCCACAGUGGAUUGCGUACACGACAUUUUGCAUGUCUGACGAGCCUUUGCGACCGUGGUGUGAACAGCUCAUACCUAGUAUCUAUGGCUGGGUUCAGGUUCAUUAUUGGAAUGUAGGGUUCCUACGAUACUGGACACUUUCCAAUCUGCCUCUUUUUAUCCUGGCUUUCCCCAUGUUGUUCUUGAUGUGCCGCUCCUCUAUCUGGGCAUUAAAUACGGCAUGGCCAUUAGAUACAGCAACCGCAGUACUAACACGGCUUGCGGCACCCAAUGGUCUGCUUGCCGUGAUGGCUUUUACUAGCUAUCACGUUCAGAUCAUCAAUCGGAUAUCUUCUGGGUAUCCUCUCUGGUAUUGGUACAUCAUAUGUCAGCUUUCCAGCCAUGUUGCGGACUCUAGUAGCGUGGUCAAGCGCAGCCAAACUUUCUCGAUUGCUAUACAAGGCAUGGUGAUCUAUGCCAUUGUUCAGGCGGUUCUUUUUGGAUCCUUUCUGCCGCCAGCUUAG